AUGAGCCUCUCCCUCAAACACAUCCCCUGCCCGGCAGGCAACAGAUGCACCGCCUUCCAGUGCAUCUUUGGGCAUGAAAAAGACAAGGCCAAAGUCGACGACGACAGCAUUGCCGCGCCGGCAAGGGACGGGCGACUGUCGCAGCCAGAUGAGCCUCGCCCAAGCAAGCGAUUAAAGGUCGACGACGCAAGCCGUCCUCUUCCAUCGCAAACGCAGUCUGGUGUAGCCUCCGAGAAGCAAUCCGAGAAUCCAAAGAAACAAACUGUGACGCUGCAGAGCGCCACGCGGCCAAUUUCUCCGCCUCCGCUGAGGAGAAAGUCUACUGCUUCAGGCCCAACCGCAAACGCAAGCACGGCGUCUUCCCCAGCUAUAAAGAGCCAGCAGCAGACCGUGAAGCCCAGCGGUUCUUCUGCCCCCAAGACAGCUGCUGCACCGGCGAAGCCCAAGAAGGCCGAGUCGCUGAACCCUCGACUGCUCAAGAGCUCUCCAGCGAGCCAUGAGAUUCGACUGAAGCUCCUCAGGCUUGUCCACCAGGAAUUUAAGCGCCUCAACGACGAACUGAAAAAGACUGUCAAGGACCAAGAGCAGAAGCUUCUUUUAUCCGACCAGGACCUCAUUACUCGAGCCCUCGAUGAAGAGCAGGCAUGCGCCAUUGAAAAGCCGGCUGUGUACUCCAACGUGAUGAAGAACAAGGUCAUGCAAUAUAAGCGCAUGACCACGGCUCAGUGGAGAGAAAGCAGGACCAAAGAGACACGAGAAGCUCAACAGAAGCUUCGGAAGGACGACAUGUUCGACGGAGAGCCCAGAAAGAUUGAGACUGGCCUCACCCACGCCCAGGAAGUGCAGCUGUUGGGGCGAAUACUCACACCGCUCGACGACCUGGUUAACCAUGGCUAUGUCCCAGCCGUUCCCACUCCAGAGCAAAUCCAGUCGGCCCGGGAGGGUCUAGAAGCGGCAAAGGGAUGGGAGAAGUGCGACCGCUGCCAGCAACGGUUCCAGGUCUUCCCCGGGCGUAGGGAGGAGGACGGCGCCCUGACGACAGGAGGAGCAUGCAACUUCCACUGGGGCAAAACCUACGUCCCAGACAAGCUGCCCGGAGACAAAACAAGAGUGCCCAAACGAUACCAUUGCUGUGGCCAGGAGGUUGGCGAAUCGGCCGGGUGCUUCACUCACGACCACCACGUCUUUAAAGCGACCGAUGCGAAACGACUGGCUGUUGUUCUCAACUUUGCAGAGACGCCUGAGAAUCCCCUUGCGCCCAAGGACAGAGCAGUCUGCUUCGACUGCGAAAUGUGCUACACGGUUCACGGACUCGAACUGGUACGCCUGACCGCCACCUCAUGGCCUACGGGAGAGGACUUGCUGGACGUAUUGGUCCAGCCGAUUGGCGAGAUCCUGGAUCUCAACUCUCGCUUUUCUGGCGUCUGGCCCGAGGACCUUGCUUCGGCCGAGCCCUGGUCCCUCAACGACGAUCUCACGCCCUCUAAGGCAGGCGAAGAGGGGAGCGAAGACGGCGAGCUCAAGCCUAAGAAGAAGAAGCUCAAGAUCGUAUCCUCCCCCGAGGUCGCCCGCGACCUCCUCUUCUCGCUCAUCUCGCCGUCCACGCCCCUCAUCGGCCACGGCCUGGAGAACGACCUCAACGCCGUCCGCGUCGUGCACCCGACCGUCGUCGACUCCGUCCUGCUGUACCCGCACAAGAUGGGCCUGCCGUACCGCUUCGGCCUGAAGCGGCUGAUGAGCGUCCACAUGAACCGCAAGAUCCAGCAGGACACGGGGCCCAAGAUGCUGGGGCACGACUCGGGGGAGGAUGCCAGGGCCGCGGGGGAGCUGGUCCGGUUGAGGGUCAUGGAUGUGUGGAACGACAUGAAGAGGAAGGGCUGGCGGGUUGUGGACGGGGAGAUUACGCCUCCCGAGGGCGAGAAGGGGGGGUUGACGGAGGCGUUUAUCGAGAGUGGUCACUGA